AUGAAAGUUUAUGUGAAAAUAAAAGAUUGCAUGCAGAAUACUACUCAGGUAGCUCAAGAGCUCCAUUCCUUAACCAACAUUUCAGACAAAACUAUCAAUGUAAUCAUGGAAUCCGGUAUUGCAUAUCCAAAGUUUCUUUCCAGUGCCCUCACAGCCACUUUAGUGGGAAGAUAUGAUGUGGAAGCACUUAGCCCUUUGCUGACAUUUCCAGCAGAGGGCAGUCCUGCUGAUGCUGUGAAGGAACUUUGUUCUCUGCCACCCCAGGAAUUGUACACCAUGACUGUACUCCUCCUGCAGAACCUCAACAUGCGCAACGUCAAUUAUAAGAUCAAACUGCCGUCUGAGAUAGACAAGUUACUCAACAUGCUGUUGGAUGUUGUAUCUGAUGUCAGUUCCCUUCUAAAUAAAGCUCAGAGUAUCUUUGAAAAUCUUCCUGCAUUAAUUCAAACGUUGAAAAGCACAUCUAUGCUUGAUAUCUCUUCUUUUCAAUCGCACUCUUCGGCUCCCUCGCUCUCCCCAGGGCUGGCCUGGGAGGGUCAGGCCGAAUUCCUGAACAACAUUGGUUUCUUUUUCCCACUUAUAAUGAUGCUGACAUGGAUGGUAUCUGUGGCCAGCAUGGUCCGGAAACUUGUUCAUGAGCGAGAAAUUCAUCUUGAGGAGAAGGGGAUAGCUGUGUUUGAGAGCUUGUUUCUUUCUACCACUGCCUUUGGGCAAGGAGUGUUUCUCCUUACCUUACUUGAAGGACAAGAACUAGGAAUUCAGUGGGAAAACAUUUACCAGAUCUUGGCAAAAGGAGGACCCAUGACCUUUGGAUGGGCAUGUUGGAUGAUUCUACUUGACUCCAUCGUCUAUUUUUUAGUCGGAUGGUAUUUCAGCAAUAUUAUUCCUGGAAGGUUUGGGUUGAGAAGGCCAUGGCAUUUCCGCUUUACACUAACUUACUGGAAUAAUAUGUUUGGUGUCAGAAGCAAAAAGCAGUUUUUCCUUAAUCCUGCUCUGUUUUUAACAGGCCCUAGCUCGGGCAACAUUAUAGUCAACGGGAAGAAUAUGGAGACAGACCUGCUGCCAUUGGGAGUAUGUCCUCAGUAUAAUGUGCUGUUUGAUUCUUUGACUGUCCAAGAACAUUUGUUUCUUUAUGGGACUGUGAAGGCCCCCAUCUGGACAAAAAUGCAGUUCCAUCAACAUGUCACGAGGUUGAUCUGGCUCCCCGAGUCCAACCGCUGUUGGGCCAACCUAAAGAAAUCGGGCUACUCUUGCAGCAAGAGGCCUUGCCGAUCGUGGCAGUGGCUGCUGCUGUCAAACUCGAAAAGGAUCGGGCUCUCGCUGACCAGAAGCGAGUGGAGGAGCAACUGUUGGCAGACACGGCUGCUGCUAGGGCGCAAACAGUGGCAGAAGCUGAUGUAUGACCGAAGCCGCAAGUGCCUCCGGCGCCACAGCCGCAGGUACCGCCACAGCCACAGCCGCAAGUACCGCUGCCACAAGCACCCCCAGCGCAGCCGCCCAGCCACCCCUAGAGGCCCAAAGCACUGGGGAGCAAGACUUGUUUGCAUCCAGAUUGCUGCCCUUCUAAGGAAGCGCCUUUGUCAUACCCAGCGCGACUGGAGGGGGACUCGAUCAAAUGUUCUGCUACCUGUCAUCUUUGUUGCCAUGGCAAGGGACUUGUUUACUGCGAAACCAUUAGCCAUCGAUUAUCCUUCACUUAAGCUGACACCUGGACUUUACGACAAUGCAGAAACCUUUAUUAGGUUUAAAUUUAAAAACCAAGGGCACCAGGCGGGAACGCAAAUGGACAGGACCCCCCUGAAGAUCACUGCCAUCCAUCUGAUGGAAAUGCAGAGGGUGGUCAAGUUCCUGAGUCCCAACCUGCAAGCGGUCGAUUACUUCCUGGUCAAUCAAACUCAAGAUGUGGUGAAAGAUGAGAAGGCACCGGCUACAAUAGUGCUGAGCGUAGCUGACGACCAGCUUGUCCAUGUCUCGGGAAAACUGAAAGCGAAAGCAGCCUGGGACUCCUUAUCUCAAGUCUAUAAAUAUCCACCAUUCAAUAUCUCUGCCCCCUACAUGAGGAACAAGAAAGGGUAUACCUUGUACAACCUUUCAGCCCUCAACACUGAAGAGUACUUAAUCAGGCCUUCUAACAAAGCAAGUGUUCCUACUUGGCUCUUGGCUGUAUGGUAUAAUCAGAAAGAAUUCCAUGCAUUGCCUUCUUAUUUAAACCAACUAAACAACCUUAUUCUAUGGAAGAAUCUGCCUUCAAAAGUGGACUGGAAACAGUAUGGAAUCACUCUGUAUAGUUGUCCGUAUGGAGGAGCAUUGCUGGAUGAAGAUAAGAUAAUGGAGAAUGUCCGUCAGUGCGGAGUGGCACUCUGCAUUGUGUUGGUGUUCUCAGUCCUUACUGCCUCUAUUGGAAGCUCAGUUGUUAAAGACAGGGUAUCUGGUGCAAAGCGACUGCAGCAUAUCACUGGACUUGGCUACAAGACAUACUGGUUCACGAACUUCCUAUAUGACAUGCUAUUGUAACUGGUACCAGUCAGCCUGUGCAUUGGCAUUAUUACCAUCUUCCAGCUGUCAGCUUUCACUUUCCCCGAGAACGUGGCGGCCACCGCUCUCCUGCUGAUUCUCUUUGGAAAGAGCUAUAUCAGCAACACUUUUGACCCACCUGCAGAAGAUAUGGAUGUAGAGUUGGAGCGAAAAAGGCUUUUUGGAGGAGGAAAUGGUAAUGAUCUCCUUCUGCUGUAUGAUCUCCAGAAGAGUUACCAGGGUUUUAGCAAGAGGAACACAGCUGUCAAAGGCAUCACGUUGGGAAUACAGAGAGGAGAGGGGGUGGGAAAUGGAACAGGAGAGGCCGUGAUGAUGAAAGGCAGCCGCAGAGUCACGGACGGUUCCUUCCCACCUGCCAAAGCCUUCGAGGCCGACGGCGAUCUCCCUAAACACCCGCAGGACAAAAUCCCCAGGGUACCUCAGCACCCUGAAGGCAAGAUCGCGCACCUCGAGGUAGCAGAGGAGGAGGCGCAUCUCUUCUUUGCACCACCUUUGCAAAGCCAUUUUCUCCGUGUAAGCCCGAUGCGCGGGGGCUCGUGGGAGCAGGAGGGCAGGGCACGGGGUGUGGCACUGGUGCGUGUGGCCUCUUGGGAGCAGGAGGACGGGACGGGACGGGAGCUCGGGGGCAUGGCCGGUGACCUAAUCAGCUCUUACCCAUUGCUUCCAUCGGAGCUGGCACCGGGAAAAUCUGAAUUGGAUAUUUUAUCUGCCCUCUCUCAAAGCAUUCAGAUUGGCUACUGCCCACAACAAGAUGCCCUGGAUGCCCUUCUAACUGGCUGGGAACAUCUCUUUUAUUACUGCAGUCUACGAGGAAUCCCCAAAUUGAUCCAGUGCAUGCCACAGCUGGCUGGAGACCUUGUUAGCCGGCUGCAUCUAGACGCACAUGCCGGGGAGCUGGUGGGGACGUACAGUGGUGGGACCAAGAGGAAGCUUUCCACUGCCUUGGCUUUGGUUGGCAAACCCCACCUCCUUUUGCUGGCCAAACAACUUUGUGCAGCAGUAGCGGCUGAUGCCCGGGACGCCGAGUUGGCGAAGGCUCUUACAGCCACUCGAAUGGUGACCGCGUUGGGAACGCGAGCCGAGGUCCCGGACAUGGAAGAAGAGGCCUGGUCCUUGUUCUCGGUGUCUCCUGACUCCACGUUUUAUGAACUCCCGAGCAGUCUCACGGCUCACCAGCCGCGGCUGGCUAGAGCUGACUGCCACAGCGCGGGGAUGCAGGACCCCAUAGAGGGAGACCGUGCGGAUAGGAGUACAAAUUUUGGUGUGUCCCAAAGUUGGCGGGUUGAAGGAGCUGGGGGCAAAGUGCAACUUCUGCAGUGGCAGAAUCGGGACCUCAGGGAGCGAAUAGCCCACAUGCAGGAUCAACUGUGUUUGGAUAGCUUCCCCACGGAAGACAGCCGGGUUAGGUUUGUCUCGUCCCUCUUGGAAGGCGUGGUGGCGGAGUGGAUGAUCCAGCAGUUUGAUCUCCAGGCCCGAUCCGGACAGCACCUUAAUCUGCUGGAGUACCAUGUGCCACAAAACUGGGGCUGCCUAUCAGAGCUUUUCAGAGUUUUAGAGAGCAACAAAACGUCCCUGCAAAUUGAACAUUAUUCCAUCAGCCAAACCACAUUAGAACAGGUAUUUAUUAACUUUGCUACCCAAGACCAAGAGGAUUCAAACUCAGCACAGGGAUCUUGCACCAGUCAUGACAGCCACCUGCCGGCAUAG